AGUAACAUGGACGAAACUAAAACAGCUCAUCCAUCUCAUUCCCUGCAGAAAAGAUAUGACUCGUGCCUGAAGCCUCUGUGAGAAGGACAUCCAAGAGGAGAUAGAAUGGACACUCUGAAUUCAUCACACACCGACAACAUCAACAGCACUGAUAACACCAGCGUCUUUUCUGGAAGUCCAUACACGACUGUGGAGAUAGUGCUCAUCAUCCUGGUGGCAGGAUCUCUGAGUCUGAUCACUGUCAUUGGAAACAUCCUGGUCAUGCUCUCUAUAAAGGUGAACAGGAACCUGCAGACCGUCAACAACUACUUCCUGUUCAGUCUGGCCUGUGCAGACCUCAUCAUUGGCGUCUGUUCCAUGAACCUCUACACUGUCUACAUUGUGAUUGGCUACUGGCCUCUGGGAGUCGUAGUGUGUGACCUGUGGCUUGCCGUCGAUUAUGUUGUCAGCAAUGCGUCAGUCAUGAACCUGCUCAUCAUUAGUUUUGACCGUUACUUCUGUGUCACCAAACCACUCAGCUACCCAGCACGCCGCAGCACCAAGAUGGCGGGCCUUAUGAUAGCUGCGGCCUGGGUCUUAUCCUUCAUCCUGUGGGCUCCAGCCAUUUUGUUCUGGCAGUUCAUCGUGGGCGGGAGAACCGUGCCGUCAGGUGAGUGCUACAUCCAGUUCUUCUCCAACCCAGCGGUGACGUUUGGGACAGCAAUAGCAGCUUUUUACCUGCCAGUGGCCAUCAUGAUCCAUCUCUACUGGCGCAUCUCCAAAGCCAGCCGCAGCCGCAUGAGGAGGGACAGCAGAAAGACCUCAGGCACAAGUCUGGGAGAAGGCCCCUCUCACAGCCAGGAGGACGGAUGUGAGAGUCAGAACAACUGCAUCUCGACAAGAGAAGCUCAGGAAGGGGCUGGAAAUGGGAAGGAGAGGGAAAUGUUGCAGCAGCAGAACGGAAGCGGCCCCUGCAAGGAAGAAAGGACUGACCAGGUGGACUCAGACAGCAUCCACGCUUCAACAUCUAAAGACAUAGCUGCUGUCCCUGCGUCAUCACAAAGGGGAUCAAAUAGUGGGAGAAAGACAAAUCAAACACAGCCACCUUCUCCUGAGAGCUCAGCUGCCGACAGGCAAAGUCUGGUCACAAGGACACUGUUUAAGGUAACAAAGCAGAGUGCUGUGGCAAAGUGGAAAAAGAAGGGCAUUUCCUCCAGGGAGAAAAAGGUGACGCGCACCAUCAUGGCCAUCCUGGUUGCUUUUGUUGCCACAUGGACGCCGUACAACGUUAUGGUCCUGAUCAACACCUUCUGUUCCAUCUGCAUCCCAAACUCCCUCUGGACGAUUGGCUACUGGCUCUGCUACAUCAACAGCACCAUCAACCCGGCCUGCUAUGCCCUCUGCAACGCCACCUUCAAAAACACCUUCAAGCACCUACUUCUGUGCCAGUAUAAGAACAUACGUGCAGCACGAUGAGGGCGACAAUACUGGCUCGCAUCUGUGAUGGAGUCAAAAAUAAUGUGGUAAAGAGUUGACUCCAAUAUUGGAUUGAACAUAAUGUUGAAAUGUAGAAUGAGUGUGUUCUUCUUAUGCACUUAUUCCAUUUCUUUUUCAACUUAUUCCUGUUGCCACUGAAAAUGAAACUAUACAUUGUUACAUUUAUAAUUGUACGUAACUUUUAAUGAUUUUAAAAAAGACAUGGCAUUGUAUUAUAAUUCUCCAGACAAUGCAUUCUGCUAGGAAUGCAGUUUAUUGUGAAAAACUACAUUUGAGUGUCAUUUGGGGUUUUACUUUGAAAGGAUGUUUUCCUCUUUUCUCCUUCUACAUGAGCUUGUGCGGUAUGUUGUUUAAUAUGCAACCUGUUUUUACCCCAGCGUUAAAUGUGUGGUUAAUGUGAUAAAAGUAUAAGUCCACUAUAAGAAGAAGAUUAUAAACUAUAUUAUAAACUGCAAAAUGAAUACACUGUAUUAUUGACAUGUCAUUGCCUAAAGUGACACUGAGCUGUGAAACAGGAAAAAUCAGCCAAACUGAAAAAUUUGAAAAUAAGACUGUAACCAGGUGUGUGUGUGUGUGU